CAGAAAAAGAUGAAUACUUUUCAAAGUAUAAAAGACGUAUAUUGGCAGCAAAAAAAGUAAAACGUUUAGUAGAAUUUUCUCCAAAUGAUAAUAGACAUACUGCUAACAAAUCCAAAAUAAUUAUUUCUCAAACAUUACCGAAGCAUCCAUUUAUGAAAUCACCUGAUAAUCAAACUCCGGAGCAUUUCAAAAAUAAUAGUUCAACUUUGUCAACUUAUAAAAGUCCUAAACGCGGAAUGCAUUCAAAUCUUAUAAACCAGUCUUCACCUUAUUUGAGUACACAAUCAAAGAAAUCUCAAUCUAAUAAAAAUGAAAAUGGUUCAGAAAAUGUUGGUUCGAUUACAGUCAUCAAUAACUAUAAUGACCUGUCUGCAAGUAGCUUAACAGAAAACAAUAAUGUGAUUUUAUCUCCAUCACUGUUGAUUUCUCCUGUGACUCCACCUAAUUCAAAAAUUAAUUCUGUAGCACGAAAUCUCUUUCCAUCUCAUCCAUCCCAAUCUCCGGCCAUGCAGCCAAAAAAAGUUGGGUAUGAUAAAACGUCACAGCUAUAUGUCGUUACAAAACUGACAGAAAUGAAUACCAAAAUAAACAAACUCGUUUUAGAUAUGUCCAGGCAAGAGGAAUUACUAAAAGAUGUUUUAAAAAUUGUUAAGUUUCAAGAUAAAAGUAUUGAUGAUAAUGAUGACUAUGGCGAUGAUGUUUUACUUGAAGGAUUUCCUAUUGACGACUUAGACUCUUUAAGAGAAAUUAAUAUUACUCUACAAAAUGAUGAUGUGUUCCGUAAAAAACUGAUAAAAAAGUUAAAAUGCUACCAUGGUUCAAACAUUGGGAAAGUAACUAAAUCAAUUAUGGACUUAAUAUUUACAAAUAAUCUUGGAAGACAAGUAUCCUUAACAGGCAAAGGUCCAAUGAACAAAAAAGAAAAGGAACCUCUCAAGACUUCAUUUCUUUUUAAAAUAAUUAUAAAUGCUAUUCUUAAAAACGUUAAAAAUUCCAGCGUCUCUUCU